AUGUUGAAUCCUACAAAGUUGAGUGAUGGGACUGUCAAACUUGGCACUUAUAAUUUUGACCACGACCAUGCUAGGAAGGCACUUGCAAAUAUGAUUAUUCUUCAUGAGUAUCCAUUAUCCAUGGUUGAUCAUAUUGGAUUCAAGAUGUAUUCCAAUGCUUUGCAACCAUUAUUUAAGGUGUGUUCUCGAAACACAAUCAAGAAGGACAUACUUAAGGUUUUUGAAGUUGAGAGGGAGAAAACAAUGAAGUUGUUGGACACCAAUAGAAGUAGAAUUGCCAUUACAACGGAUAUGUGGACAUCGAAUAAUCAAAAGAGAGGAUUCAUGACUAUCACAUCACAUUUCAUUGAUGAUGCAUGGAAUUUACAAAGCCAACUAAUAAGGUUUAUAUAUGUUCCAUGUCCACACACGACGGAGGUACUUACUGAUGCUUUAUUGGAAUGCAUGUUCGAAUGGAAUCUUGAUCUGAGAGAUGGCUUAGAGGUGAUUAAAAAGAGUAUUGAGAAAAUUAGGUACAGUGUUGCAUUUUGGCUAGGAACCCAAAAAAGAGAGGAGAAAUUUCUUGAAGCGGCCAGGCAGUUGAGAGUUCCAACCUCUAAAAUGUUAGAACUUGAUUGUAAGACUAGUUGGAACUCUACAUAUUCCAUGCUUAAGACUGCAAUGAUAUACAAAGAUGUUUUUCCUCGUUUGAAGCACCAUGAGCCGUUGUACAAAGAAGUGCCUAGUGAAAGUAAUUGGGCAAAGACAAAGGAGCUUGUUGAUAAGUUGGCCAUGUUUUAUGAUGUGACUGUUCUUUUUUCAGGGACCAAGUAUCCUACUACCAAUCUUUACUUUAAGAAUAUUUGUGCUAUUAUAGAUUAG